UAUUUUUUUUUUUUUUUGCUUUCCGAGGCCCAAAUCUCGGCCGAAUUUUUAGCAAAACAAAAUUGGUCGAUGACCAGACGUUUUUCGUCGCAUCGGAGGGGAGAAAAAUGGCUCGGGCGAUCACGUACAUCACCGGCUCUCAGCUUCUCUCUCUCAAACGCCGACCAAACAUCGCCGUCGUGGAUGUCAGGGAUGACGAGAGGAGCUCCGACGGGCAUAUAGCUGGAUCUCUUCACUUUGCUAGCGGUACGUUUCUGGACAAAUUGCCUGCUCUCGUUGAAGCUACUAAGGAUAAGGAUACUCUUGUUUUCCAUUGCGCUCUCAGUCAGGUUCGCGGACCUAAAUGUGCCCGGAGAUUUGCAGAGUAUCUUGCUGAGGCGAAAGACAUUGGAGCGAAAAAUAUACUGGUUUUGGAACUAGGAUACAACGGUUGGGAAGCUUCGGGUCGACCCGUCUGCCGCUGCUCGGAGGUUCCCUGCAAAGGAAAGUGAGUGAGAGCUCAAGCCUCUCCCAGGAAAGGAAAUCAAGAUGAAAUAACAAGGACAAAAGAACACAAGAAUUUGGUAACGCAGUUCGAUUACGAUGAUCUACGUCUGGGGGCGCUGCCAAGCCAGGAAUUUUACUAUAAAAUAAGCAGGCACAUGUUAAAGUGAGAAUACAUGGAUAUUUAUAGCCUAAGUUUUUGAUAAUAAUAUCCAAAUCAUAUCUCUAAAAUCUAAAAUAUAAU